AUGGAGCAGCUCAACGAGACGCAGCUGAAGGAGAUGCAGGACAACUUUGCCCUCUUUGACCGCAAGAGCGACGGGGUCAUCGACUUUGACGAGCUGUUUGAGACCUUUACCGCCCUCGGCCUCGAGUACACCGAAGCAUACACGCGGACGGUCUUUGUCGCUGCCGACACCAACAACGACGAACGCAUCGACUUUGCAGAGUUUGUCACCCUGCUCAUGGGCGUCAACGGCGACGAGAGCUCAGAGAUCAGACACAUGUUCAACGUCCUCGAUCGCGACAACUCGGGCUCGCUCACAGCCGAAAAGGUGCUCGAGGGCAUGCUCAAGCUCGGCGUCAACGUCACAGAGGACGAGGUCAAGGCCAUGGUCGAGGAGAUGGACGCAGACGGCAACGGCGAGGUCGACUUUUCAGAGUUCCGUACCAUCUGGCUCCGCAUGUCCCUUGGCUCGGUCAACGGGAUCUCGGCCGCUGUGGAGCGGUACGGCGUGGCGCCUGGCGCGGCUGCCCUGCUCCGGGCUGAGUAUGCCGCUGCGCGGGAGGCGAUGACGUCCAGCACGUACCUGCUGUGGCGGUGCAGUGCGCCGGAGAACCCCGCCGCGAGCGACUUUUGCACCCGCAUCGGAUCGGCGUCCAAGUGCUUCUGCCGCCACACCUUUGCCGAUCACGACUUGCGGACGCCGCUGGUGGGCUGCACCGCCCGGCUGGCUGCCGAUGGUCCGCCAUGCCCCUGCCGCGGCUUCCGCUACAUCCCGUCACGGCCCGAGGAGAUUGGCGACAGCCACCUUGUCCGCCGCCGGGGCUUCCGCCUCGACCGCUGGCGGCCAAAGUGCAGCUGCAGCCAUGGCUACGACGUCCACCGCCGCGGCGACGACUCACGCUGUCGCUCGCGCGGCUGCUCUUGCCGCGCCUUCUCCGCUGCCUUUCGCUGCGCCGCUUGUGACGGCUGCUACGCCGACCAUGAGCUUGUCGUCGACUCGCGCUCCGCACGUGCCGCCGCGGGCCUCCCCGUCGACGCCGCUUUCCUCCCGCUUGCCGAUGCGCCCGAACUGCAGGCUAUGGUCUUUGCCGACGAGCUUGGUCUUGCCCCACACAUCCCUACCGGCGCUGCCCUCGACAUCCCCCUCACCGCAGACGGCUCUGUCGCCGUCUACAUGCCGCCCCCAUCGGUGGUGGUCUUCUCGGGCGAGCCGCGGGAGCUCCUCGCACCGGGUGCCCAGGCCGUCUUCUACGACGACUCGGGCCAGCGCAUCGCUCUCCACACACACGAUCUCCGCCCGCUCUCACACUCGCUCUCGCUCCUCGACUCGCCGAUGCGGAGCUCCAUGUCGCUCGCCGAUCUCUCACGCUCGCGCUCGGCCUCGUCGCCGGUCUCACCUACAGGUGACAACGGCUUCUCGCGCUCGGGCUCUAUCCUCUCCGAAGGCCCACUCGGCCUCGCCCUCUCACUCCCCACCCCGUCGCCCGACCGCCGCUCCUCAAUCUCCCGCCGCGCUGACUGUGCAACCUCGAACCUUGCCCGCUCGUCGUUCUCCGUGGACAGCCCUGCCGACGACGACGCUGAGUCGACCGCCGUGCCGGGCGCUCGCCUUCUCGACUCGUCCGAGACCUCGGGCUCAGGCUUGGACUUGGACGGCGAGGACGAGCCGGCCACAGACGACGCCGACCACGAAUACGAUGCCUCCUCUCUCUCUGGCUCGGGCCAGACAGCACUUCGCGAUGGCGCCUCGCAGUCCAUCGGGCCGUUGCUCCACGACCUCGAUGCCCUCAACGCCCGCUUCUUGCCAUCGGACGAGCCGCCCACCCUCACCCUCUGCUCGUCAGACUCGGGCGAUGGCGAGGUCUCGCCGCGCACAGCCUUUCUCUCCGACGCAGGCUCGCACUCGGCCGACCUGCCGUCGUGGAGCGCUGGCGAGGCCGACGACGGCGCCAAUGCAGACAUUGGCUCUGCCGCCUCGGACUCGGACGCCCGCUCCUCCUCCGCUCGCCCGCCGCCGCCGCCGCCGCUCGUCCCCCCUCCGUGGAGUGCGUACUGGUCCGAAGAGUACACUCGCUACUACUAUGUCAAUGCCAACACCUCCGAGUCGGUGUGGAAUGUACCCGGCUCGCCCGGAGCUGCCAAGGCCGAGGCCAAGGCCAAGGCCAAGGCCAAGGGCAAGACCAAAGCCAAGGCAAAGGGCAAGACCAAGGGUCGCCCGCUCUCACUCGAGGCCGCCCUCCAGGCCUCGGCCUCGGAACUCCGCCCAACUCGCCCUGUCGACGCAGAAGUGCUCUUCAACGAGGAUCCGAGCCUCGCGCUGUCAGCUCCGCUCAUCGGCCGCGACGUCGACGUCGGCGAACUGGUUGUCGUCGACUCCGCGUCGGGCGGCGAGGCCUCCUCGCCAGACUCGGUCAUCAGCAGCGAGCAGAUCUCCAAGGCUCGCGCAGCCUCGUCGCCGAGCCUUGCCAGCUCGAGCGCCGGCGGCUGGGCCACCGAGUCGUCCAAGGCUAUUGUCGUUGUGUCUGAGAAGGAUCCCGAGUCUGGUGCCAUGGCCGUCGUCGCCACCUAUCUCCGCUCCGAGUCGGGCGAAAACGCGCUCAUGUCGGCCACCGAGGACUUUCUUGUUCGCGAGCUCGCCAACGAGCGCGCACCAAACUCGGUCUACAUCGACGCCUUUCUCCUCAACUACCGCUCGUUCAUGGACCCACUCCAGCUCAUGCUCCGUCUCCUCGCCCGCUUCAACCUCUCGGUCGCCGACGGCGCCGACGCCGAAGAGGAGGCGUACAUGGCCAUGUGGCGGAACCCGGUUCGCAUGCGCGUCCUCAAUGUUGCCUUCAAAUGGGUUGAAAAGUUUUGGAUUAUUGACUUUGCGCCCUCGCCCGAGCUGCAAGCCGGCCUCAAUGACCUCAUCGAGCUCGCCACCGAGGACUUUCCCUCUCUCGCCGCCAAGCUCGCCGCCAAAGUCGAGGACAAGAAGGCGGCUUGUGCCGACGACCCGGGCUUUGUCGGCAAGGACGUCUCGGUCGCUGGCAUUGGCGAGCCCGGGAGCGUCUCACUCGAGGCCCUGCAGGCCGACGACGGCAAGGCUCUGGCCCAGACCUCGCCCUCGGUCCUCGCUCACGUUCUCACUGACAUCGAGGCCAGCCUCUUUUCUGCCGUACCGCCCGCAGAGUUUGUCCUCCAGCUCUCCAAGCGCGCCUCAGUCCCGCACCUUGACCAGCUCGUCGAGCGCUUCAACUCGGUCUCGCGCUGGGUCACCACCCAGGUCCUUGUCGGCUCCUCGCCCAAGCGCCGUGCCAAGAUGAUCACCUUUUUCAUCCACUCCCUCCUUAAGCUCGUCUCGCUCAACAACUACAACUCGCUCAUGGCCAUCCUCUCGGGUCUCUCUAACACCUCGGUCUCGCGCCUCUCUGCCACCUGGGCCAAGGUCUCGUCGCGGACAAAGAAGGCUCUGCGCAAGGUUGAGCAGCUCAUGGGCGUCGACGCAAACUCGGCCCGCUAUCGUGCCGUCCUCCGCACCCUCAAGCCACCAGCCAUCCCCUUCCUCGGCCUCACCCUGCAGGACGUCCUCCAUCACGCUGACUGUGCCCCAGCCCUUAUCGAUGGCCGCAUCAACUUUAGCAAGUAUGCUGAGCUCUCAGACAUCGUCCUCGCCCUCACCCGCUUCCAAGGCUCCGACUACUCGGCCGCCUUUGCCGCCAAAAAGGGCUCGCGAGAGUGGGACACCACACACGCCCUCGUCUCACAUCUGUAUGUUCUUGACGAGAAGGCCGCCUACAAGCUGAGCAAGUCGAUUGAGCCGUCGAGAUGA